GGGGAGGGGCCCCACUGCCCCAAUGCCCCAGGACUAGUUCUUUUAUUCCAGCUCCCCUAGGAUAUGUACCCAGGGACCUGGCCAUCUCUGGCCCUCCAGCUCUUCCUGUACUGCUUGCAUUUUUUUAGGCCUCCAUCUCUCCAACAGGAAGUGGCUGGAGGUUUUCAUCCAAUCGGCCAAACCGAGGACCCUGAGAAUCCUGGGCCUGGCUCCAUGCGCAAAAGUGCUCGGCCUAUUGCUACCAUGGCUGAGCUCCUACCUAAGGAGUACCAUCAUGGUGGAUAUAAAAUCAAAGCCCUCCUGGAAGAGGAACAAGGAGCCCCAGAAAAGCCACCCUAAGACCAGGGUCCUCAAGAACGCAGUCCCCCUGAAGAAGAGUCCCCCUAAAUAUCCGGAGAGUUUGCCCUCAACACCUGACUCCCUGGAGAGCCUCUUUGACUCAGUGGGACGAUUAGAUAUCCCUCGACUUCGGAGAAUGGUCUAUCAGAAAGGCCCAGAGGCUGGAGAGAGGAAGCUGGUGUGGAAGUUCCUGUUCGGUGUGUACCCACCCAACUCCACAGCCGAGGAGAGGAAGGCAUUAGACACCAAGCUGGAGGCCUACUACCAUGGCAUGAAGUGGACCUGGCGAGCUCGAUACCCUCAUGCCACCCGCCUCCGAGUUCCAGCAGACGAGGACUUUGCCAUGGCCAUUGACAAGUAUGAAGUGCUACAGACACAGAUAAGAAAGAACGCAUCUCCCCUGGAAAGGUUGGCUGAGAACAGACUUCAGUCUCACCCCUUCAAUGACCAGCUCUUCAGGAAGGCCCAGAAAUACAUAGAUGCUGAUGUCCCCAGAACUGACCGACACCGUUCUUACUUCCAGGAGGAAGGUUUGGUCAAGCUGCUGUCAGUUCGAGAGAUACUCAUCACCUACACUGCCUUUCAUCAAGACUUGGGUUACUGCCAGGGUAUGAAUGACUUUGUGAGCCGAUUCCUGGAGACUCUGGACUCGGAGGCUGAUGCAUUUUGGUGCUUUGUGGGCUUCAUGCAAUGGGCAGGGAGGAAUUUCACUGCUGAAGGCAUCAAGAGAAAGAUCCGUAUCUCUGAGGAGCUGCUAAGACUGGUUGAUCCAGAACUCUCUAGCCAUAUUGAGAAGGUCUCCAAGGAAAAGCUGCUCUUCUGUCUCCGCUGGUUGCUGCUGUGUUUCCAGAGGGACCUGCAACACCAAGAUGCCCUUCGAGUGCUGGAGAUUAGAGGGUUGGAGGGUGGCAAGGGAAACUCCAGUACCUGGGAUCAUUCAAAGACUGAGGAUGAGGAAGUCACUGAAUGGUGGGCUCCUCAAAAAGACCUGACCUUUGAUGUACUGCUGUGUGUGGCUGUCCUGGUGCAAAAUCGAGAUCAGCUCCUAUCAUUCCAUCAUGCCAAUGACUUCUUCCUCUUCUCCCAGAGGCUCCAGGGAAAGCUGAAAUUGAACACCCUCCGGGGAGAAGAAAAGGAGUUGCCCCCCCCUAAGCAUCUUCCCUGGGGCCUGGGGUGAUGCUCAUACCAGACCAAUAAAACACUUCUUCUGUGGACUCA